AUGACUUCUUGUGUGAUUAUGCUAAUGAGCAAAGUUGACUUUGCCCUUUUCUUUGAUGAGCAGAUCAAACAGUUCGUCUGGAAAAAGGGGCUGAGGAAGGGAAGAUUGAUCAAACCCAUAUCACCUUUUUCUGCAGAGAUGAAAGGAGCAGAGCUCAUCUUCAUCCCGACUCCGGGUUCUGGUCACUUGGUCUCGGUCCUUGAAUUUGCAAAACGCUUGCUCGAUCAAGAUGACAUGAUUUGGAUGACUAUCAUCUUGAUGAAGUAUCUGCUUGAGAAACAGAGCAAUGACACGUCAAAGUUCGAGAGAAACUCUGAUACUGGAUUGGUGAUUCCGGGCUUCGUAAACCUCGUUCCUUCAAAGUGCUCUACGGAUAAUUUCCUCGGUCAGCAGGGUUGUUACCCUUCUGUAUACACUAUCGGCCCCAUGCCCGGGUUGCAGGCCCCUCCUCCUCACUCUGGUCUGGAUCUCAAUCGUCAGAGUGAGUUGAUUGAAUGGCCCGAUGACCAACCCGAGUGUUCGGUUGUAUUCCUUUGUUUUGGAAGUGGUGGUAUUCUUGGAGAUCAUCAGGUGAAGGAAAUAACAAAAGGGCUUGAGCAGAGUGGGUGCAGGUUCAUAUGGUCAAUCCGAACUCACCAACCAAAUGCCGGUGAUCUUCUGCCCGAGGGCUUCCUCGAGGGUGUCGGCGGGUGGGGAAUGAUUUGCGGGUGGACUCCGCAGCUGGAGAUACAGUCUCACAAGUCAGUAGGAGGUUUUGUAUCUCAUUGCCUGUGGAGUUCGAUACUUGAGAGUCACGUGGCCAAUUUAGCUGGGCAACAACUUAAAGCCUUCAUGACGGUCGAGGAAUUCGGACUCGCGGUGGACAUGAGGCUUGAUUUCAGGGGAAACGGCGACGAUGCUUUCAGGGGUAACGGCUAA